AGUUGUUUAAAUAGUAUGUCUGAAAACUUUUAUGAUUCCAAUGUUACCAGUAACAAAAGAAAAAAACUCUGCAAAGAAAUAAUUGUUGCAAACACUGAUGAUAGUAAUUUAAUUAUUACUCCUGAUGUAUAUCCUGUUGAGUUACUUUCUAUAAAAGAGGAAUCUUCUACUAAUGAUGACUCUCUUGACUCAACACGAAAAAAAGUUAGAAAAUUCAACACAGAGACAUUUUUGAAGUGGCAACAACAAUAUAAAUGGCUACAAGAGGAAGAUGGAAACUUGAUUUGUACUAUUUGUCGACUAAACGAGAAAGCAAUCAGCACAAGUUUUGUUAAAGGAUGUCAAACCUUCAAGCUUGAAGCUGUUAAAAAACACGAUACUUCAGAGGUUCAUCAGAAAUCUUGUCAUCUUUAUGAUACAGAAAAUAUUUAUUAUACUGCCUUGUCAGUUGGCAUUAAGACUGAACCUGAAGAAUUUGAUAAUAGGAAGAUGAAAGGUCUUGUACUAGGUGUUUAUACUGAAAAGAAUUCAGAUGAAACUAAACCUUACAGGGUGGUCUCUGGUGUGACUAAUGCCUUUAAAGAUGUGGAUGAAAAAAGUGAUGGAAAAUUAUCUGAUCUGUUAAAAUUAACUGGACCUUUUUAUAAAUCAUCCAAACAAAAGCUUCUUUGGGUUCCUACACUGAAAAGUAAUGCUUUUGAAUAUGAUUGUGUAUCUGUUGUUGAUUUGGGUAGUAAAGAUGUAAAAGAUGAUCCUUUAGAAGAAGUAGACCAAAAAGCUGAAAAUGUUCGCUGUGCAAUUUCUGGUGGAGUGGUUGCUCUUGAUAAAUGUUCCAAUUUCGAUGAUAUAUAUUUAGAUUCGUGUGGCAUUCCUCAGAGUGUUUCAGAGGCUGCUGGGUUAGCUCUUUACAGCUAUGAUGAGCUGAAGGCAAAAGCUGCUAAUAAACACAAGAGUAAUUUGCAUAUAUAUAAAUAUCCUAACAUCUGUCCUGAUACAUUACAAAAAUAUGAAAAUGGAAGACUAUUAGCUGAGUGUCAAAAUUUUGCUCGAACAUUAAUGCAGACACCUGCCAAUUUUAUGACUCCUUCUAUUUUUGCUUCUACUGUCCAAGAAAGGUUUAAGGGUACAAAUGUGAAUAUCAUUGUAAGGGAUCGACCUUGGAUAGAAUCUAUGAAAAUGGGAUCAUUCUUAAGUGUAACACGAGGUUCAAAUGAAGAGCCAAAAUUUGUAGAACUUCAUUACGAAGGACUUCCUGGUGUUGAGAAGAACAUUGCUUUUGUGGGCAAAGGAAUAACAUUUGACAGUGGUGGAAUUUCAAUAAAACCAUCUCCUAAUAUGGACAAGAUGAGAGCUGAUAUGGGUGGAGCGGCAUGUGUUGCUGGAACUAUAUUAGCUGCAAGUGCUUUAGGUCUUAAAAUUAAUGUGAAAGGUUUCUUACCACUGUGUGAAAACCUCCCAAGUGGUCAUGCAACAAAACCGGGAGAUGUAGUUCGAACUAUGAAUGGUAAAACAAUACAGGUUGACAACACAGAUGCUGAAGGUAGGCUUGUUCUGGCUGAUGGCCUAAUUUAUGCUCAACAAUUUAAACCUGCUGCUGUUGUUGAUAUUGCAACUUUAACAGGAGCCAUGCAAAUCGCCUUAGGAGCUGGUGCUACUGGUGUAUUUAGCAAUGACAAUAACUUGUGGGAAGCACUCCACAAGGCAGGACACGUAACAGGCGAUAGAGUUUGGAGGAUGCCAUUAUUUAAGCUUUACACAGAAUCUGUAACUUCAAGUGAUUUAGCUGAUCUGAACAACAUUGGCAAUCCUAAAACAAAAGCAGGGUCAUGCACUGCUGCAGCAUUUUUAAAAGAGUUUGUUGAACCCGGAAUGAGAUGGAUGCAUUUAGAUAUUGCUGGUGUCAUGGAAAGUAUGUCAGUUGUGCCUUAUCUAACAAGUGGAAUGUCGGGUCGUCCUACAAGAACUUUGGUUCAAUUUUUGCAUGACCUUGAAGAAGAAUUCUCGAAAAAAUAACCAUUUCAUUUUGUUAAAAUUUAUUUUUCACAAAAAUUUAUGAAAGAAUUAUCGGAAUGGGGUUUAUGAUCAGCUGUUGGUAAUUUUUUUACAAGCCUUAUCACUUUUUAAAUUGCUUUCUCAGGUAGAGAUAUUAUGUUUGCUGAAAUUAAUAAGGAAAACUAAAUGUUUUUUUUUAGAAAUUUUCUGGUUGAAUUUGAAUGUUUUACUUUACACUGAAGAACAAUAAAAAAUUUCUUUUGUUAA